UAUAAAGAUGAUACUACAAUCGGAAUUUGCAAAAAUCGACGAUGCCCUUGACAUCUGUGUCUCCAUGGAGGAGGAUCUGAACGAGUGUCUGAAUAAUGUGGAGGCCAUGAUCCAGAAGUACAAUGCUCCCGGACGCUACACCAUAUCCAUGGAUCCCUUCGCAGAGGAUUUUCAACUGAACACCAGCGAGUCCACGGACUUGGAUGGGUCGUCCAUAGUAAGUGGUGACUCCGAGCUGGACAUGCUAAGCCAACUCUACGGAGCCAGAAGUGCCCAGGAGUUGGAUGAAUCUUACGUCGAUGUGCGCUAUAAGUUCAUCAAGCUGAAGCGGUCCUACGAGGGUGCCUUAACCCAUUUUCAAAGGAUCGUUGACUGUGCUGAUCGUCAACACAAGAUUUCACAUCGCAUUUUUAUGAACUCGCAGGAUAGCAAGGGGAAGCUGUGCAGGCACUAGGAAUGCAAAUUUCCUUCAACUAUUCCAUCAAACUUGCGCGCGUGUGUAAACUGCAAAUUGUGUCGACACUUGGCAGGUUUUAUU